AUGUCCGAAGCGUCAGAAACCCAACCGGGUUGGCGAAUUCCUCGCGCAUGUCAAGAAUGCCGCAAGCGUAAGAUUAAAUGCAGCGGUUUAAACCCAUGCACGACGUGCCAAUCGCGCAACACACCAUGUAUAUACAGAGACUAUAUUCGCCAUCGGCGAAAAAAGACAGAGUAUGAGAAAGGUAGCUCGCCAAGUCCAGCUCGUCGGGAUUCCCCUAGUGGACCACCUUCGACAUCGCGCACCUCCUCGGUGAUGAAUGAUUUCCCCAACAGUGUUUCUGCCACGCACAUGACAUCACCAUCAUGUCAGAUGCAGUUGUACUAUGGUCCCUCAUCGCACUUUUCUUUGAUGCAGCACAUUUACCGGGAUCUCAUCUCAAACCCGGCGGCACCGCCUGUACCCUCGGGUGGUGUCGAGGAAGCUGGAGCUGGCUUGGACCUAUUCAGCUUUCGUCGCAUCUUUUUCGGCACACCCGACUCACUCGACAGCAACAAACCUAAUGGGACCGGGGAUAUGUCUAUGAUGUUCCUUCCAUAUGAUUUGGCAAAGCUCUUCAUGUCGCGAUAUCUCUCGGGUCUCUACCAUAUGCUGCCACAUCGUCCCAAGGCGUACUAUGAGCAAUGUCUGGAUCGGCUUUACACCCCAUCUGCCGCGUCGAGCUUGGACACUUUCACUCAAGCCAUCAUUUUGCUUGCCAUGGCUUGCGCCGCAAUCGGGACCGAUCAUUUCGCAUGGGGUGACGUGCUCUUUGAACGGGUCAAGGCUUCCAUGGCUAUGUUCGAUGAUGUGGUUAACCUCCAGCUUGUUCAGAUUUCGCUUCUCAUGAUAAGUCGGCCCAACUCCGCAUUUUUACAUCUAGGCUCUGCCUCGCGCAAAGCGCUUUCGUCGGGAUUACACAAGAAUGUACCCCAUGGUGCGGAGAAAACACCUGAAAGUAUCGAGGAGCGACGAGUGACCUUUUGGUCCCUCUAUAUCUAUGAAACAUGGUUCUGUUUCCAUGUCGGUCGCCCAAGUUCACUGUCGCUUAAGGAUGUCGCAAUUGAGCACGCGCAAGACCCGUUCAUUCGACUAUUGGUCGAGCUUUGCAAAACCAUCACUCGCUCGACCAAAGAGAUAUAUGGCCAACGACAUGAAUCUUUGCUACACAUGUGGAAGGUAGCCAAAUCGAUUACUCAUGAUCUACGCGGACACGAAAAGCUAUUAAAACAAUCACUCGGCUUUGGGCUGGAUGCUGAAAUCCAAGAUGGACAUCUUGGCGUUCAACAGGCCAUCUUCACCACUUUAUAUAACCAUACAUUUCUACUCACCUUCCGACCAUUUCUCAUAUUCCGAGGCCAUUGGCGACGGAACCGAACAGUUCCACCCAACAGCAAUAACGGCGCCGUCAAUGCAAAUCACUCCGGAGAGACCCCACUUUGGCUGAACGAGGCUUGCAACCAUUCCACAACGGCUGCAAAAAAGACCUUGCAGCAUCUUUGUGAGGCGUCCAGAGCGAAUGACUUGGUUAGGCAAUUACGGUAUCAUGGAUAUUUCCUCGGCAGCUCCGCAUUUACACUCAUCUACGAGUUUUUGCAUGACCCAAGCCUAGCCCCUGCUUAUCUGCCCUGGGUCUAUGCAUCUUUACAAACAUUGUCCACCAUGCGAGCUGGUGACCCAAUCGCGAGCUCGAUUUCAGCUAUUCAGACUGUGUUACGCAGGAUGAAUCCAUCAUAUGAAUGGUCACCCUAUACAGCUCCAAGCGGAAAUCAUACUCGACAUUCAGAGACAACCAUCGGGCGGCAAGUUCAUGCCCUCGAUACUAUCCAGAGACCGCUACCCCAUGGCCUUGCCUUGUCCAACAACCCAUCGAUGGGAAUCCAGCCUGGCCUGCCAAGCUCUCCCUGGCACCUGCCGCAGGUCGGAGCACUGGAAGUACCAGAUACUGGAGGCUCGGUGGGCUCUGCCGAAGACUUACUUGAUUUCACACAGUCUGACAUGGGCUGGGACUUUGACUUUUCAACGAUGGACCUUGAAGCAUUCCUAUCAGUCUACCCAUCGAAUAAUGAUAUUUUCUAG